CUGCUGCCAUGGACAUCCCGUGCCAGCCGCAGCCCCUGAAUCAGGCUCUCUCUCAGUUGCUGGAUUCUGUGUCAGAGCCCUUGGAGCCUGGCCCGGCCAGGAUGGGGGUGGAGGGUUACCUGCCCUGUCCCUUGCUACCCUCCUACCACUGUCCCGGAGUGCCUGGUGAGGCCUCGGCGGGGAGUGGGACCCCCAGAGCCACAGCCACUUCCACCACAGCCAGCCCUCUGCGGGAGGGCUUUGGCGGGCAGGAUGGCGGCGAGCUGCGGCCGCUGCAGAGUGAGGGCGCUGCAGCACUGGUCACCAAGGGGUGCCCAAGACUGGCGGCCCAGGGCGCCCGACCUGAGGCCCCCAAACGGAAACGGGCAGAGGAUGGUGGGGAUGCCGCUGCGCCCAGCAAGCGGCCCUGGGCCAGGCAGGAGAAUCAGGAGGCGGAGGGCGAGGGGGAGGGUGGCGUGGGCUGCAGCAGUGGCGGUGGCGAGGCCAGCGCCGGGCUGAGGGAGGAGGUGCUGCCCACCGCGCCCGAGCGCCUGGCCCUGGACUAUAUUGUGCCCUGCAUGCGGUACUACGGCAUCUGCGUCAAGGACAGCUUCCUGGGGGCGGCGCUGGGCGGCCGCGUGCUGGCCGAGGUGGAGGCCCUGAAGCGGGGCGGGCGCCUGCGUGACGGGCAGCUAGUGAGCCAGCGGGCUAUACCGCCACGCAGCAUCCGCGGGGACCAGAUCGCGUGGGUGGAAGGCCACGAGCCGGGCUGCCGCAGCAUCGGCGCCCUCAUGGCCCACGUGGACGCCGUCAUCCGGCACUGCGCCGGGCGGCUGGGCGGCUACGUCAUCAACGGGCGCACCAAGGCCAUGGUGGCGUGUUACCCAGGCAACGGGCUGGGGUACGUGAGGCACGUUGACAAUCCCCAUGGCGAUGGGCGCUGCAUCACCUGUAUCUAUUACCUGAAUCAGAACUGGGACAUCAAGGUGCAUGGCGGCCUGCUGCAGAUCUUCCCUGAGGGCCGGCCCGUGGUAGCCAACAUCGAGCCACUCUUUGACCGCCUGCUCAUUUUCUGGUCUGACCGGCGGAACCCCCAUGAGGUGAAACCAGCCUAUGCCACCAGGUACGCCAUCACUGUCUGGUAUUUUGAUGCCAAGGAGCGAGCAGCAGCCAAAGACAAGUAUCAGCUAGCAUCAGGACAGAAAGGUGUCCAAGUACCUGUAUCACAGCCAACUACGCCCACCUAGUGGCCAGCCCCAGAGCUGCAUGGACAGACAGCUUGCCCUGACUUCGACAGAGCCCCGGGCCCUGUGCAGCCAGGCCAGCGGGCCAGCAGCCCUCUGGUCUCGGUGCCUGCUCCUUCCCUGCCUCCGCUGCUGCUUCCAACUUUGCCUCUGUCCUGCCUGGUGUGGAGGAUUCUGUCCGUCACUGACGACUGAGGAGGAGGAGAGACCUCUGCUGCCCUGUGAUGUGGGCUGGGGUGGUGACCUGGGCAGGGGCCAGUGUUGGGGGCUCCCAUUACUGGAGCUGGGGCCUGUGUGCUGCCCUGUCUGGUUGUGCCCCUCUCAGGUGUGGAGAGCUGGAAGGAGGCAUCGCCACCUCCCACUAGGCUGUAGGAUUUGGGGUUGGGGUGAGUCAUGGCCUCUUGCUGGCAAAGGUUUGCGGGGGGAGUAUCCCCAAGCCCCCCACUCCUCCAGCCUGGAAUGUGAAGUGACUCCCCAACCCCUUCGGCCGUGGCACCUUUUGGACUAGGCUGCUGCUGCUUGGGCAGGAUAAAAGGUGCUGGGAGGAGCAUGAGGGUGAAAGUCCUGUCAGCCAAGAAAGAAAUAAAGUUUACCUCAGAGCUGCACA